AUGCUCUGCCGUGAUCGUGUAAUUACGUGGCAUUUACCUUUGGCAGGUGAAAUUAAGCUUAAUACAGAUGGAAGCUUUUACAAUCCAAAAAAGUCUGGCUUUGGGGGAGUCUUCCGAGAUAGCAGUGGCAGUUGGAUCCUUGGAUUCUAUGGGAAGGCUGAGAGCAGUAGCAGUCUAGAAGCUGAAAUCUGGGCGCUUUACAGAGGAUUGCAGAUUAUCCUUGACAAAGGCAUGUCUAAUGUAAAGAUUGAAUCUGAUUCCAGUGUCGCGGUUCAGUAUCUCCAGCAAGGUACUCCUCCGGACAACGCCACAUCAGGAGCUGGGGUUGUGGGCGAGCAGAUUAAAGCUAGAGUUGCUAUGUGGAUAAAGGCAAAGUUCAACAUUAAGGUGUACACGGUCGAGGACUUUAAGGAAGCUAGAAGAGUCGCAGCUGGGACCAACUCCUCCUUCUCCCACAUAUUCCGUCAAGCCAACCAGACAGUGGAUUGUCUGGCACACCUUGGUUCUCAACAAGAGGAUGACCUUAUUGUUACUAGGAAUGUUCCCUUCGCGGCAAGGGAAUUCGUUAUGGCAGAUGCCCUUGGUGUGGGGCAUCUUAGAGUUUAG